GUUCAGCCCUCGGAAGGGCCAGGGGGUCGGACUGUCCCAGGGAUGCGACCACGCGGGCGCUAAGGGGCACGGGCGCGGCCAUGGCGUCGUCGGAGGGGCGUCCCGAAGAGGCCUCGUCGCGUUCAGGCGGCGGCGGCGGCAGCGGAGGCGCCGGCAAUGCGCAAGACAGCUCGGACAACGCGGACGAGACGUCCAGCAUGGGCGAGUCGCCUAUGUGCCGCAUCUGCUUCCGUGGCUCCCGCGCCGGCAGCCUGCUGUCGCCGUGCAACUGCAAAGGCACCAUCGGGCUCGUCCACAAGGAGUGCCUCGAGGAGUGGCUCUCGCGACGCAACACCGACGAGUGCAACAUCUGCUCGUACCAGUUCAAGGUGGAGCGCACUCCGAAGAGCCUCUGGGACUGGCUCCGCGACCCGAGCAGCCGGGCGAACCGCUGGUACAUCCUGGUCGACAUGUCCCUGUCCCUGUUCGGCGCCGUCAUGCUGCUCGUGUCCGCCUGGCUGUCGGCGGUCGAGAUGAUCAGCGGCAUCUCGUCCGUGCUCGGAUGCGUGCUCAUCUGCGUCAUCGUCGUGCUCGCGGGACUCAUAUGCGUGGCCGACAUCUACCUCAUGGUGCGACACCACCACCAGGCGCUCGUCCAGUGGCGCCAGAACAACUGGGGCGUGCGCCUUGUGUUGCCCACCGAUAGCGCCGUCCAGUCAGAGACCGCCAGAAACCCACCGCCACCGCCUUCGGAGCCACCUUCGAUGUCGUUGAAUAGCACGACCGCCACAGCCACGGGGCCCGCCGCCAACGCGACGACCGCUGCGACGGCGCCGCAACAAGAUUCGACGGCCACUGACCAUCCAGUCGUGUGAAGAAGCGCGAUACGGUAGUGGUCUUGGCG